CGCCACCUCUGCGAGGCGCUGCCACCCCCCUCGAGCCCAUUACGCUCCCGCGCACACCCACCCCGGCGCUCACUCGCUCCCAGCCCCCGGGAGCGCCUAUCUGCUUCGGUCAAUGGCUGUGGGUGUCUCCGGCGCUGGCGAGUGCCUGCCCGCCUUGCCCCGAUGCUCGAUAAGCUGCCUCGCCUUACUGGGCAUGCCCGCUCCGUUUCUAUAUAAAACCCGCCGGAGUUAAUCCCUGGACAUUCCCCGGCUCCUUCCACCCCGCCCCUCGCCAUCGGAUUGCGCUGGAUCGCGCCGCUCGCCCGGCCUCAGCAUCGCCCGCAGAUCCGCACGAGAGCUGCGCUUGCCGCUGCGCUGCAACAAGCAUCUUCACCUGGAAUGAUGCUGUCUCUGGACCAGAUCCACACAGAGCCACCUCCAACUCCCAAGGAACUGGAUUGGGCAGAACAGGGGUUUCUACCACCCCUGAGCCCCUUGCGCUGUGCCUGGCGCCGGGAUGUGCCUCUGGACUGCAAGAUCAGCCCUGAGGAUGCACAGGCCCGGGCCUGGACAGCUUACUACUAUGACCUGCUGCAGUGCACCUUGCAGCAGGAGGGGCUCCCAGAGACAAUUGACCACACAAAGGAGCCUCGAACAGGGUUUGGACCAUCAGACAUAACCAUCUGUGUCUUGGGCUCUCCCACUUCAUACUUGUCUGUGCUUCUGGAAGGUGGCAACCAGUGUCCUGGUAACAUGCUGCUCUGCCUGUCGCCAGCCUGGCUCUCAAAGGCACCAUCAGAAUCCCACCCGGGAGAGUCGUCCUUGCUGGUCUUCAAGGCCGUGACCUUUGAACUCGGCGGCCGCACAACCCUGGAAGAGUUUGCACCCCCGCGCCGUGUCACCUACUUCACUGGCUGCUUUGGGCCCUGCAAGGUGCAGGGCCAGUCGGCAGCAGAACUGGCCCGAGACCUCGACUGCCCCACGGGGGGCUCAGGGGAGCUAGCUCGCCUGCUGGAGGACAAGCUCCUGACCCGCCAGCUGAUGGACCAGCAGGCAUGCGUGGCUGUGCCCCCCACCCUGGCCUUCACCUUCAAGCGCCCGCUGCCUCUGCGAAGUGUGACAGAGGAGCAGCGUGUCCGCAUGGUGGAGCUGAGCGGCCGUGAGGGGCAGGACAACCUGCUGCAGGAGGAAAUAGCAGCCUUCCUGCAGAGUGGCGCCAUGGAGUCCUAUAGCCAGGUGGUGGUAAAACCAUCAGGCUGGCGCUGGAACGGAGCCCAAGCUGUGUCAUUCCAUGCUAAGUCAGAACAGGGAUGCGUCCUUCAAGCUGUCCUCACGCUGCUGGAGACCCUGGAAGAGGAAGAGAGCAUUUUGCUGGAGGCCUUCAUUCCCACUGCUCAUGUGGUCCGGCCUGGCCCUCCUGACACGAACGGCUCCCCAUGCAAUUCAUCUCCACAGCCCAAUCUAGCAGUCCGAAUAUGCGCUGUUGUCUGCAGAUCCCGAAAAGACCAGCCUCUACUGAGCAAGGUGGUGUGUGGUGUGGGCCGGGCAGAUAAGCCCCUGAAGCACCAGGCCACAGUGCCCCAGACUUUGGAGAGCAGCCUGCGUCAGUGGGGACUAAAGGAUGAGGCCCAGAUUGCAGCCAUUCAUGCCCAGAUAAAGCAGAAGGCUGAAGCAGCCAUGAAGGCCUUCAUGGACAUGGAAGCUGGCCUGUCAGUUGAGCAACGAGGUGGUCGCCGAGCACAAACCGACAUCAUUGGUGUGGAUUUUCUCCUAAGCUCAGAGGAACAGGUGCUGCAGCUGGUGGCCCUGGAGAUGAACUCGCAGCUGUGCCUAGAGACCUGCUCCGUCUUCGAGUCCAUGGGCCGGGUGGUGGGGGCUCCAGCGGGCGAGGCAGCACGCCCCCUGGUGGAGACGAUGAUGCGUCGCGCGCAGUGCCACCUGAUGGAGGGCAAACACGUGUUGGUCAUUGGGGCCGGCGGAGUCAGCAAAAAGUUCGUCUGGGAGGCAGCCAGGGACUACGGGCUAAAAAUCCACCUGGUGGAGUCCGACCCCAACCACUUUGCCUCCCAGCUGGUGCAGACCUUCAUCCACUAUGACACCACAGACCACAAGAGGGAUGAAGAGCAUGCCCAGAGGCUGCUGGGGCUUGUGCAGGAGCGGGGCUUGCAUCUGGACGGCUGCCUCUCCUACUGGGACGACUGCAUGGUCCUGACGGCACUGGUGUGCGAAGGGCUGGGCCUGCGCUGCAGCUCCCCGACAGCCAUGCGCGUGGCCAAGCAGAAGAGCCGCACUCACCUGCACUUGCUGCGCCGUCGCAAAGAGGGGGCUCGCUGGCCCUCGGCAGCGCUCUAUGCCGUGCCCUGCUGCCACCUAGAGAGCCACACGGAUGUGGAGCGGGCUGCGAGCCACAUCAGCUUCCCUGGGGUCAUGAAGCUAGAGUACGGGGCCGGGGCUGUGGGGGUCAAGCUGGUGGAGGAUGCACAGCAGUGCCACCUGCACUUUGACAAGAUCUCCAGGGACCUGCAGGAUGAUUCAGACCACCCGGGCAUCGGGCUGGGCUGGGGCAAUGCCAUGCUAUUGAUGGAGUACGUCUCCGGCACUGAGCACGACGUGGAUCUGGUGAUGUACGAAGGGCGGAUGCUGGGGGCUUUUGUCUCUGACAACGGGCCCACCCGGGUGCCCAACUUCACCGAAACGGCAGCCUGCAUGCCCACCUGCCUGCCCCCUGACCGUGAGGCACAGCUCAUCCGUGCUGCCUACCAGUGCUGCUUAGGCUGCGGCCUCACCGACGGCGUGUUCAACGUGGAGCUGAAGCUGACCGCGUCCGGCCCCAAGCUCAUCGAGAUCAACCCCCGCAUGGGCGGCUUCUACCUCCGCGACUGGAUUCAGGAGAUCUACGGCGUGGACAUCAUGCUGGCCUCCGUCAUGGUGGCCUGCGGGGUGGUCCCCCUCCUGCCUGCUCGCUCUCGCCCCCGCAUGCACCUGGUGGGAGUGAUGUGCUUGGUGUCGCAGCACCUGCAGGCCCUCAAGUCCACGGCCAGCCUGGAGACGCUCCAGGCCCUGCAUGAGCGUGGCGUCAUCCGCCUCAACCUGCUCGAUGACGAGCUCGUGUCCAGCGAGUACGAGGAGCCCUACUGCAACGUGGCUUGUGCCAGCUCUAGCCGCCGCGAGGCCUGCCUCAAGCUGCUAGGCAUCUGCCAGGUGCUGGGCAUUGACUCCCCACACUACCCUGUGGCCCACUUCCUCUCGCAUUUCAAAUAGCCUUGGAGAUAUGGCUCCCUCCGUCUGGAGCUGAGCCUGGGCCUGCUCCGGAGAGGGAGCCUUGCCUGCCCCUGCUCCUAAAUUAGCCUUCCCCUGCUCCCAACUCACCACUGGGGUUUGCAUUAUUACACAAACGCCCUAUUUCCUACAGUCUUUCUCAAGUGGCUGCUGUCUCCCUCAGGAAGGAGCGUGGCACCAUCUGGUGCCAUCUCUGGUAAGUGCCACACACACACACCAUUCACACCCUUGAAUGGGCUCACAUCCUCCUUUUGCGGGGGGGUCCUAUUCAAUGCAGAGUCCCACCCUUCUUGAAGUCAUCUCCUCUUCCUUUAUUUGCAGCUCUGCUUAAUUCCCCAACUACAACCUUGGGUCCUACAUCGUUCCUCCCCACCACCAUACACAGAGGCAAGAUCUCGCCUCUUCACUUUCCCUUUCUUCCGCUGGGGGAAAAGUUGUUGGCUCAUGGCCAGGCAUCCCCCGGAGAGAUCCUAUUUCAUGCUUCCAAAAUCAGUGGAAAGAGGGCUGGGGUCAAAAAAUUCUUACAGUCCCCACCAGCCACAAUACUUCAGUGAUCCUGCAGAGCAAAAUAGUGCAAAUCUGACUCUGAGCAUUCUUCCCCCCCCCCCGCCCCAAAUACUUAACCCCCGUAUGCAAACGUCAUUUACUUACGGGAAAGUCCCGCAAACUCCUCUGCCAACCUACUGUAACAAAAGGACCAUAUGCAAGCCUGCAAUAACAGAUGUUUACAGAGCAGUAGAAUGUAAGACAUUAACAAGCUAGUUCCACUGACUCAGCACUUGCAAACCCCCGCAGUAACAUCCUAGCGCCGCGUGAUCCUUUUAGGAGCUAAUGAGCAUGCACAAUACUGUGCUCAUAAAAUGACCAUAGGAAUAACAGGAGGGCAAACAGUGAUGUGGUGGCAAUCUCUGACAUGCAUGCUUAGGUGCUGGGAGAAGCCGCCAACCAAGUUUUCAGUGCUUGCAAGAGAAACUGCUGUAACAAUCUCCCUGCAGUGUCCCAAGAGAGACCCUACAGUAGGAAAUCGCUGUGACAGAGCUUCUAAGCACCCACCAGUAACACAUUAGCAUAUGAGAAUCUCCAGUGAAAAACAGCACCAGCACUCCUGACUUACCUUAAAAUAAUCAGCCUUCCAACGGAAGCCCCUUCCAAUGCCCCUGAAGACCCUACACUACUAAGAAACCAUAGUGCCAGCAUUCCUGAGUGUUUCUGCAAUAACAAGCCACAACCUUGCCACCACUCUGAAUUAUGAUGAAGUAGUAAUGCUUUGUGCAUAGUCCUAGCAUCCCCAAAUAAGUGACGUUACCAAUAUAGUACCAGCAUCCUUAAAAAUGCCUAUAACCAGCAUAAAGGAAAAAGAAGCAAAAGCAGUUUUGACUGGCAUGGUGGAAGAGCAUCUCUUGUCUGUUUAGCAUGCUAGUGGAAAACUCUGGCCCUCCAGAAGCGGUUGGACUACGACUUCUGUCAGCCCCAACCAGACAUGGCCAAUGAUCAGAGAUGAUGGGAGCUGCAGUCCAUCAGCAUCUAGAGGGUCCAUCAGCCUACCACACUUGUUUAAUAGCUCAUGGGUUUCUUGCAGCUUCUGAAAGAGCAGUUGCAGGAUGGAGCACCUGAAGGGCCUGGGAUGACAUUCCAGAGCCUGUGAGGCUUAAAAUGACAGGCAUAUUGAUCCUGUUGGGGGAGAGGGGAGGCAGGAACUGAGAGAUUCAGGGUGCCCAUGAUUGGGUGACUAACAGCAGGACCAUUAGUUAAGUGUGCCCUCCUAACAUGGGUUGGUGACCCUGCCUUCCUGCCUGCCUAUCCUUCCCAACACUUCUGUAACCAGGCAGGCAUAAUAGUUCCUCCCCCACAAUAAAAUGCCGUGUAAAAACA